GCACUUGAGACAGGAGUCUUGCCAUACCCCUGGCCUAAUAAACCCCUUCCUUCUUUAACUCUGUCUGAGGAGUUUUGUCUGCAGCCCAUCCUGCUGCAUUUCUUGAUUCCCUGAAGGGGAAGCAAGGUGAUUGGCAGAUGGUUGAGGCAGCUCCUUAGGCGGCUUAAGCCUGCCCUGUGGAACAUCCUGCGGGGGACUCUGACCAGCCCAAGCGACGCAGAUCCUGAGAGUGCUCCCCGGUAGGCAUUUGCCCCUGUGGGACACCUCGCCAGAGCAGUGUGUGGCAGGCCCUGGUGGAGGAUCGAUGCAGUGGCUGAACACCGGGAAGGAGCUGGUACUUGGAGUCGGGACAUCUGAAACUCGGUGAUCGCGUGUGCAUCAAGGACUGGAACGUAGCCCCUUUGCAGCCAUGGUAGAAAGGACCUCAGACGGUUAUCCUGACCACCCUCACGGCUGUAAAGGUAGAAGCAAUCUCAGCCUGGAUCCAUCACAGCCGUGUGAAACCUGCAGGUGAUGAAACCUGGGAGGCAAAACUGAGCCCGGACAACUCCUGCAAAGUGACUCUGAGGAGGAUGACAAGCCCUGCUCCGUUCACACCCGGAAGCUGACUGGUCUACACACAGCCGAAGCAUGAGGAGAAUCAUCGUAGGACUCAUUUUCCUUAUAAUUUGGACUUGUAUAGUAAAAACUUCCACUGAUUUUCCCCGCAUGGAAGACUGCUCUCAGUGUAUACAUCAGGUUACCGAGGUAGGGCAAGUUAAAACAAUCUUUCUGUUCUAUAGUUACUAUGAAUGCCUAGGAACUUUACAAGGAACAUGUUUAUAUAAUGACACUCAGUACAAGGUAUGUAGCCCAGGAAAUGACCGACCAGAUGUGUGUCAUGACCCCUCUGAGCCUCCCAUGUCAAUACUUUUUGAAGCAAGAUUAAGGACUGAAGACUGGUAGAGACUCAUAAAUGAUACAAGUAAAGUAUUAGCCAGAACAGAAGAAAAAGGGGUCCCCAAACGCAUAAUCUUGAAAUUUGAUGCCUGUGCUGUCAUUAACAGCAAUAAAUUAGGAAGGGGAUGUGGCUCUUUUAGUUGGGAAAAAGACUAUAUGAGCAAACAUAAGUACAUUUGUCAUGAAUUAGGACGGUGUGGAAAUGAAUGUGGAUACUGGUCUUGUGUCAUUUGGGACACUUGGAUAAAAAAUGAAAAGGUUCCAGUCCACCUUCAGAAAGGAAAAAAUGGCCCUUCCUGUACUAAGGGACAAUGUAACCCCUUAGAGCUAGUAAUAACCAAUCCCCUUGAUCCUCGCUGGAAAAAAGGGGAGCGUGCGACCUUAGGAAUCGACGGGACUGGACUAGAUCCUCGAGUAAAUAUCUUGGUUCAAGGAGAAGUUUACAAACACUCUCCUGAACCAGUGUUUCAAACUUUCUAUGAUGAACUAAAUGUACCAGUACCAGAAAUUCCAGGAAAAAUGAGAAAUUUGUUUUUGCAAUUAGCCGAGCAUGUAGCCCAGUCUCUCAAUGUCACUUCAUGUUAUGUAUGUGCAGGAACUGUAAUAAGAGAUCAAUGGCCAUGGAAAGCCCAAGAAUUAGUACCUACAGACCCAGUUCCUGAUGAAUUCCCAGCUCAAAAGAAUCACCCUGAUAAUUUCUGGGUCCUAAAAGCCUCAAUUAUUGGACAAUAUUGCAUAGCUAGGGAAGGAAAAGAAUUCAUUUGCCCCGUAGGAUGACUUAGUUGUCCGGGACAGAAAUUGUAUAAAGGUACCACAAAAACAGUCACUUGGUGGAGUUCAAAUCAAACAGAGAGGAAUUCAUUUAGCAAAUUCCCAAAGUUGCAAACUGUGUGGACCCACCCAGAGUCCCACUGGGACUGGACAGCCCCCACUGGAUUGUACUGGAUAUGUGGGCAUA